UUCAUUAUUCACUUUGAUGUCAAUGUCUGACAGUUACACAAUCCAUCGGGACCGCAACGAGUUUUGACUAUGAUUUCUGUGAGAGGGAUCAACGCUUUUUGGUUCCUGUUUGAGGACGUUUUCAGCAUCAAUGGGACUGGACGAGAGCCCCCACUGUUGCAGUGCACUGUGCGUGGAGCCUGAAACAGUUCUACGGCCUGGAAAGGGGAUUUCACGGCACGGAGGGGCUCUACAUGUGUUUGUGUGCAGCUGAAGCUGUGGCCAUGGAGAAACCUGAGGAAUCCCGCCCUGUCGAGGAACCGUGGAAGUGUGGCGACUGUGGGAAAGGCUUCCGUGUCCCGUCUGCCCUGGAGACUCAUCGGUGCAGUCACACCGGGGAGAGGCCAUUCCCCUGCACCGAUUGCGGGAAGGCCUUCAGACAUUCCUCCCACUUGUUGGCCCACCAGCGGGUCCACACAGGGGAGAGGCCCUUCAGCUGCCCAGAGUGCGGGAAGGCCUUUUCCCAGGCCUCCACCCUGCUGAGGCACAAGCGGGUCCACACGGGGGAAAGGCCUUUCAGCUGCCCCGAGUGCGGGAAGGCCUUCAGCAAUUCCUCCACCCUGCUGAUCCACCAGCAUGUCCACACGGGGGAGAGGCCCUUCAAUUGCCCUGAAUGCGGGAAGGCCUAUACCCAGGUCUCCAACCUGCUGAGGCACCAGCGUGUCCAUACGGGGGAAAAGCCCUUCAGUUGCCCUGAAUGCGGGAAGGGCUUCACCUGCUCCUCCAAUCUGCGGAGUCACCGGCAUGUCCACACAGGGGAGAUGCCGUUCACCUGCUCUCAGUGUGGGAAGGGCUUCACCUGCUCCUCCAAUCUGCGGAGCCAAGAGCGUAUCCACACGGGGGAGAGGCCCUUCAGCUGCACCAAGUGCGGGAAGGCCUUCAGCAAUUCCUGCGCCCUGUUGAGGCACCAGCAUGUCCACACCGGGGAGGGGCCGUUCACCUGCUCUCGGUGCCGGAAGGGCUUCACCUGCUCCUCCACCCUGCAGAGCCACCAGCGGAUCCACACAGGGGAGAGACCCUUCAGCUGCUCUCAGUGCGGGAAGGCCUUUACCCACGUCUCCUCCCUGAUGACCCACCAGCGUAUCCACACGGGGGAGAGGCCGUUCACCUGCUCUCAGUGCGGGAAGGGCUUCACUUGCUCCUUCAACCUCCAGACCCACCAGCGAGUCCACACCGGGGAGAGGCCCUUUAGCUGCCCAGAGUGCGGAAAGGCCUUUACCCAGGUCUCCACCCUGCUGGGGCACCAGCGGGUCCACACGGGGGAGAGGCCCUUCAGCUGCCCCGAGUGCGGGAAGGCCUUGAGGAAUUCCUCCACCCUGCUGACCCACCAGCGGGUCCACCCGGGGGAGAGGCCAUUCACCUGCUCUCAGUGUAGGAAGGGCUUCAGGUAUUCCUCCCACCUGCUGACCCACCGGCGGGUCCACACGGGGGAGAGGCCCUUCAGCUGCCCAGAGUGCGGGAAGGCCUUUAGCCAGGUCUCCACCCUGCUGAGGCACCAGCGGAUCCACACCGGAGAGAGGCCGUUCACUUGCUCUCAGUGCGGGAAGGGCUUCACCUACUCCUCCAACCUGCAGAAACACCAGCGAGUUUACGUGCCAUCGCAGGGGGAUUGAAGGAGUGAUGGCCGAGUGCCAUUAUCGAUUGGACUAUCAACCCGGUUCCGGGGACUCCCGGGUUCGAAUCCCGCCACGACAGAUGGCAGAAUUGGUAUUCGGUCAGAAAUCUGGAGUUCGGAAUCUAAUGAUGAGACUGUUUCAGGGAGGGGGUGGUGCGGGGGAGAAAGCCCCCAUCUGAUUCACUCUCUCCCUUGUUAGGUAAGGGAACCGCCAUUGUGGGAAAGGAUACACUCAGUCGUUCCAGCUGCAUCCUUUACCCGGUCUGGCCUACACGUAACUCCAGACCCACAGCAGUCUGGUUGACACUACACUGCCCCUUCCUGGCAAAUGAGCGGGGAGAAACUUACUUGGAGACAGGGUAUGGGUUGAAAUUGCUGAGUGAGGCAAUACUUCCUCCGGGUUAGGGCUUUACCAAUGAUCCAAUUACAAAGGGACAACUUGGUGCUGGCCAAUAGUAAAGACAGUGAGAGGGGUGGGACAGGGGAGGUGCAGUGUGUGCGCUUUCACCUUGAGGUGCUCAAAAAGCAACUGCUUUUUCUCUGCGUUUUUGCUGGGGGGAUCUGAAGCUGUAACAAAGUUUGGUUGCAAUAAAGGUUACCUGAACUUACCACCGGGCUCAG